AUGUCUUUUGAGGAUCUCGGAGUUUCCCGGUGGCUCUCGGAAGCCCUUGCGGCCAUGAAGAUCCAUACACCAACAGCCAUUCAGUCAGGAUGUAUACCCAAGAUUCUUCUGGGACACGAUUGUAUAGGAGGUGCCAAAACAGGUAGUGGUAAGACAAUCGCAUUUGCUGCUCCUAUGUUAACACAAUGGUCUGAAGACCCCUUUGGAAUUUUUGGCUUAGUUCUUACUCCUACUCGUGAGUUGGCACUUCAAAUUGCUGAACAGUUCGCUGCCUUGGGAGCUUCCAUGAAUAUCAAAAUUAGUGUAGUUGUAGGAGGGGAAGACUUCGUCAAACAGACGCUUGAGCUCCAGAAAAAGCCUCAUUUUGUCAUAGCUACUCCUGGAAGAUUGGCGGAUCAUAUCUUGAACAGUGGAGAAGAAACGAUCUCUGGACUCAGACGAAUCAAGUAUCUUGUACUUGAUGAAGCAGACAGACUUUUGAGUAAUAGCUUUGGUGGAGACUUGGAGAGGUGUUUUUCUGUCCUUCCGCCUUCUGAAAAGAGACAGACCUGUUUGUUCACAGCUACGGUAACUGAUGCAGUUAGAGCGUUGAAGGAGAAGCCUCCGGCGCAAGGAAAACCUCCUGUAUUCUUGCACGAAGUAGAAACCGUGGACCAAGUGGCCAUCCCUUCGACUUUGUCUAUCAAAUACGUCUUUGUUCCUUCCUAUGUCAAGGAAGCUUACUUAAACAGCAUUCUCCGCUUGCCUCAGUACGAAAAGUCGACAGCGGUGAUCUUUGUAAAUAGAACCACCACGGCCGAAGUGUUGAGAAGAACACUCCGGAAGUUGGAGUUCCGAGUAGCUUCGUUGCACUCGGAGAUGCCGCAGAGUGAAAGAACGAAUUCUGUGCAACGUUUUAAAGCUGGUGCAGCCAGAAUCUUGAUUGCUACCGAUGUGGCUUCUAGAGGGUUGGAUAUACCGUCUGUUGAAUUAGUAGUAAACUUCGAUAUUCCAGCUGAUCCCGACGAUUUCAUUCAUAGGGUCGGUAGAACUGCCAGAGCAGGAAGAAGUGGUGAUGCCGUUACUAUAAUCGCGGAAAAAGAUAUCGACAGAAUCGCUUCUAUCGAAGAGAGAAUAAAUAAGAAAAUGGAGUUAUUGGAAGAAGUCACUGACGAUAGUGUGAUCACAGACUCGUUGACGGCAACUAGUGUGGCCAAAAGAGAGUCACUCAUGGAGAUGGACAAGGAGAAUUUUGGAGAGAAGAGAAAGAUUAAUAGAAAAAAGCGUGGUCUUGAGACUGAAAAGAUCAGGGUGGUGAAGAGCAAGAAGGAGAAAUCCAAGAAGUCUCUUAGGCAAUAG